AUAAACAAAACGUCGUCGAGAACGUAUAUAACAUGUUUGCAAACAAAGUGGUACUAGUUACUGGUGGGAGCUCUGGUAUUGGCGCGGCUGCCGUAGAAUUAUUUGCUAAAGAAGGAGCUUCUGUUGCAUUCGUCGGAAGAAAUGAAGCCAAACUAAAAGAUGUAUCAGCUCGACUCAAUCAACAUGGAGCUAAAUCUCUAGCAAUCAAAGCAGACAUAUCUAAAGAAGAAGAAGCAAAGACAAUAGUCCAAAGAACAGUUGACAAAUUCGGUAAACUAGACGUACUAGUCAACAAUGCUGCUAUAUUCCGAGUAAAGAGUUUGUUGGAACCGGACAUUUUAGCCAAUUACGACGAAACUAUGAACACUAAUCUGCGACCUGUUGUACAGAUUACGAGUCUAGCUAUUCCUUUCCUCAUUGCAAGUAAAGGUAAUAUAGUAAAUGUGUCAAGUGUUGCAUCAACAUCAUCUAGUGUGCCAGGAGUAAUGUCGUACAGUAUCUCAAAGGCUGGAUUGGACCAUUUCACAAGAUUUGCUGCAUUGGAAUUAGCACCUUCAGGCGUUAGAGUUAACUCUGUAAAUCCUGGACCAGUUUUAACUGAUAUUGUUAUUGGAUCUGGUCUUCCAGCUAAUACUUUGGAAGAAGCUGGUACUCAAACACCAUUGGGACGGUCUUCGGAAGCUGAAGAGAUUGGGGAUAUGAUAGUGUAUUUGGCUAGUGAUAAGGCGAAGAGUAUUACUGGCUCGUGUUACGUUAUUGAUAAUGGUUUUCUUUUAAAGUAGGUCUUAUGAUUAUGAAGACUAAGAGCUAUUCAUCGAUUUUAAGUUGUUGGUGGAAAUUCUAGUGUUGG